AUGGCAGUUCUACAGCCCCUACUGUUAAUCCUCCUGCAUGUGCUGCUCACUUGUCCAGCAGAAAUCAAAUUCUCCAAUGGAUUCUUCUAUCAAGACAUCUUGAGAGAAAAUAUUGGAGAUGUUCACUGGUUCACUGGUGUAAAACUCAAGGUUUCAUCUGAAGUGCACUCUGUGUUUGCCAUGAGUGGAAGUAAUGUUACUCUUCCCUGCUGGUACUGGUAUGAACCACCUGUGAGCGGCCCUCGCCAGGUCAGGGUAAAGUGGUCUUGGUUCCCAUCCCCUGAGGCACAGGAAUCAGAUGUUCUGGUUGCCAUUGGUGACCGCCAGCGUAGCUUUAGGGACUUUAAGGAUCGGGUCUUUCUUCAGCAGGAAGCUCCUGGAGAUAUCUCCUUGAUCAUCACUCAUGUGAACCUGAAUGACAGCGGACAAUACCGUUGUGAAGUCAUUGAUGGUCUUGAAGACGAAAGUACAACGGUAGAUCUGGAAUUAAGAGGUGUGGUGUAUCCCUAUCAGCCUCCUUUUGGCCACUACCGUCUCACAUUUACUGAAGCCCAAAAGGCAUGUGAAGGACAAGACUCAGCUGUGGCCACAUUCAAACAGUUGGUCUCAGGCUGGCAAGAGGGACUAGACUGGUGCAAUGCCGGCUGGCUGGCAGAUGGGACAGUGCAUUACCCCAUCACUCAACCACGGCAGGCUUGUGGAGGUCUUGACUUGACCCCUGGUAUUCGCAGCUACGGUUCAAGACACCGGCGCCUGAACCAUUAUGAUGUGUUCUGUUUCUCCUCCAUUCUCAGGGGGAAAGUGUAUUACCUUCAACACCCUCAAAAGCUCAAUUUCACUGAAGCAGUGCAGGCCUGCAUUGAGGAUGGAGCCUUAAUAGCCAAAGUGGGUCAUUUGUAUGCAGCUUGGAAGUUCAUGAGGUUAGACCGGUGCGAUGCUGGUUGGCUUGCUGAUGGAAGUAUACGCUAUCCCAUUAUUAAUCCACGACCAAAUUGUGGCCCUACAGAGCCUGGUGUUCGUAGCUUUGGAUUCCCUUCUUCAAGCCAAAAGCAUGGAGUGUAUUGCUACAGUGCCAGCUAA